AUGGUGGUGCUGGAGGGCGGCGGCGCCCUGCUCGAGCCGGCCCUGGCCCUGGACGGAGCCACGGCCGCCUGCCUGGAGCGUGCCUACGCGCAGGCCGAUGUGUCCCUUAAACUAUUACCCAAACGUUACAUAAACUUGCACCAGUGGUUGUCUCCCGUGAGCACGUCGGUGACGGCGGCCGCCGCAGCCGGGAAGGAUCUCAAAUUACAAAUUCGGCCAAAAAGCGUCCACGCGACGUUGAUUGUGACAUUGUCUGGUGCGUGGGGUGGAUGCAGCGCUCCGCUGUGGGCGGCGGGCACGGGACGCGGCCACGGGCCACCAUCCACACCACACCACACCACGCCACAACACAACACGCCGCCCACAUUUGAAAUGCAAAUUGUUACCCCGAAUGCAGCGAACCUCACGCCUUACCUGCCGUGCACCCAGCAUCCAACACAAUUAUUGUGA